AGGAAGCCCAAGUUAUCGAAACUCGAGAGGUUAGAGAAAUUCGACAUGUUCGUCUCUCUUAGCAAGCAGAGAUCUGUUCAGAUACUAAUGGCGGUUGGGUUACUCUACAUGCUUCUCAUCACAUUCGAAAUCCCUUUCGUCUUCAAAACCGGGCUUAGUUCUUUGUCUCAGGAUCCGUUAACCCGACCCGAGAAGCAUAAUAGCCAACGAGAAUUACAAGAGAGACGAGCUCCGAGUCGACCUUUUAAGAGUCUGCUUUACCAGGAAUCACAAUCGGAAGCACCGGCUCAAGGUUUAAGAAGGAGGACUCGGAUCUUAUCUAGUUUGAGAUUUGACCCGGAAACGUUUAACCCGAGUAGCAAAGAUGGGUCAGUGGAGCUUCACAAAUCCGCUAAGGUAGCUUGGGAAGUUGGUCGAAAGAUAUGGGAAGAGCUUGAGUCUGGGAAAAUGUUGAAAGCUUUGGAGAAGGAGAAGAAGAAGAAGAUUGAGGAACAUGGGUCAAGCUCGUGUUCUCUCUCUGUUUCCUUAACCGGGUCUGAUCUUUCGAAACGUGGGAAUCUCAUGGAGCUUCCAUGUGGUUUAACUCUUGGGUCACAUAUUACAGUGGUUGGGAAGCCACGAGCUGCUCAUUCAGAGAAGGACCCGAAGAUAUCGAUGGUAAAGGAAGGAGAUGAAGCUGUUAAGGUUUCACAGUUUAAGUUGGAGCUUCAAGGUUUGAAAGCAGUGGAAGGAGAAGAGCCACCUCGGAUACUCCACUUGAAUCCAAGGCUUAAGGGUGAUUGGAGUGGUAAGCCUGUCAUUGAGCAGAACACUUGUUAUAGAAUGCAAUGGGGCUCAGCACAAAGAUGUGAAGGAUGGAGAUCUAGGGAUGAUGAAGAGACUGUUGAUGGUCAGGUUAAGUGCGAGAAAUGGGCUCGGGAUGAUAGCAUUACAUCUAAAGAAGAGUCUAGCAAGGCGGCUUCAUGGUGGCUUAGUCGAUUAAUAGGUCGGAGCAAGAAAGUAACUGUUGAAUGGCCAUUUCCAUUCACAGUUGACAAGCUUUUUGUGCUUACACUUAGUGCUGGAUUGGAAGGUUAUCAUGUUAGUGUCGAUGGGAAGCAUGUUACGUCCUUUCCAUACCGAACUGGAUUUACGCUUGAGGAUGCUACUGGUCUAACCAUUAACGGGGACAUAGAUGUUCACUCGGUUUUCGCUGGCUCUCUCCCAACCUCGCAUCCUAGUUUUGCUCCUCAGAGGCAUCUUGAGCUCUCGAGCAAUUGGCAAGCCCCAUCACUUCCUGAUGAGCAAGUUGAUAUGUUCAUUGGUAUCCUUUCUGCUGGUAACCAUUUUGCUGAGCGGAUGGCUGUGAGAAGGUCGUGGAUGCAACAUAAACUCGUUAAAUCUUCCAAAGUAGUGGCUCGGUUCUUUGUUGCACUGCACUCGAGGAAAGAAGUAAAUGUGGAGCUAAAGAAGGAAGCUGAAUUCUUCGGUGACAUAGUUAUAGUCCCUUACAUGGACAGUUAUGACCUUGUCGUCCUCAAAACCGUUGCAAUUUGCGAGUACGGGGCUCAUCAACUUGCUGCUAAAUUCAUCAUGAAGUGUGAUGAUGAUACAUUUGUACAAGUGGAUGCGGUUCUUAGUGAAGCGAAGAGAACACCUGCCGAUAGAAGUCUAUACAUUGGCAACAUCAAUUAUUAUCAUAAACCACUCCGCCAGGGUAAAUGGGCUGUUACGUAUGAGGAAUGGCCAGAGGAAGAUUAUCCACCUUAUGCUAAUGGCCCUGGAUACAUAUUAUCAAACGAUAUCUCUCGCUUCAUAGUGAAAGAGUUUGAGAAACACAAAUUAAGGAUGUUCAAAAUGGAAGAUGUAAGUGUGGGAAUGUGGGUAGAACAAUUCAACAAUGGUACAAAACCGGUGGACUACAUUCACAGCCUCAGGUUUUGUCAGUUUGGUUGCAUAGAGAAUUACUUGACGGCGCAUUAUCAGUCGCCGAGACAGAUGAUUUGUUUGUGGGAUAAGUUGGUGUUGACAGGCAAACCUCAGUGCUGCAACAUGAGAUGACACAUACCAAAUCCUCUGUUUCUCUUUAGUUUAUAAGAGAAGAGGGAAUAGAAAUCCGAAGUUUUU